UUCCCACCUUCGCUCUCCCCCCCCACCCCCGCCGCCUUUCCCGUCCUCCUCCUCCUCCUCCUCCUGCCCGGCUCCUGCCUUUUCUCCGCCUCCCUUUGUUUCCCUCUCCCGCGGCCGGCCAGGCGAGGAUGCUGCCGGGCUGGAGCAGCGGCAGCAGGAAGAGGAGGAGGAGGAGCAGCGCCGGGCCAUGGCUGCGGCUGCGGCUGCGGCGGCUGCAGGGAUGGACGCGGAAUCCCUAGCUGGGGAUGAGUGUCUGGAGGAAGAUGAGGAAGAGCUGGAGACCAGCUUGGAAGACCCAGAACAGGACACGGUGGGGAAAACUGUGCCGGGUGGACGCAGCUGCGGCCUCCUGACCCGCCGAGGAAUCACACUACGGGUUCUUCUCAAAGACGGGCUGAUCGAACCCGGGGAAGGAGUCCUCUCUAUUUACUAUCUGGUAAGAGAGCUUCUCUCCCCCGCCUCUCAGGGCAACCCGGUCAAAAAAGUCAAGAUGGCUGCCAGACAAGUGUGA